UUGGAAAGAUGAGAAAGGACCCACUGUGGGGCAACUCAGUGAAGCUGAAGAUGUCUGCAAUUUCAUUUUGGUCUAUCCCAGUUAGAAGAGCUUUUAUUGUGAUUUUUAAGCUUGGUGCCAUCAGCCCCAUGUGAACAAAUCAAAACAAAAAGCACACUGGGUAUUAGAAAACAAAAUGCCAAGGAAGAAGAAAACUGGUGGGAGUCCUUCUCAGAAGAAUGGCAAUUCUGACAGAACUGCUAUUGCUGUAUCCCAGGGGGACCCAAGCCACUUAGUGGCACAAGCAAUGCAUUAUGUCAAUAAGGAAGAGCUCUUCAACAGCAUGUCGGAGAUGUUUUCUGACCUAGAUCCUAGUGUGGUUUAUAUGGUUCUGUCUGAAUGUGAUUUUAAAGUAGAAAAUGCUAUGGAUCAUCUUCUAGAGCUGUCCACCCAUGCCAAAGGAGUAGCAUCUUCAAAAACCUUGGGUUUUGAUUUAGCAGCAUCAUCAUUACCUCUUGUUAAUCAGCAAAGAUCUAUUGAAAAUGAAAGAAUGAGGGAAUGUACUGGAGCACAUAGUUAUUCUGGAGCAGCAAGAGAAGAGAUCCUAUCACCUGGUGUGCAGCUGACUGGAGACCUGAAUUCCUUACUAGAAACUGCCUUUCAGAAUUACAGCUUGAGUGAGGAAUUUCCUAAUUCUGCAGAUGACCAAAUAAUACCUGAGCACCCUGUGGAACACAAUGGUUUUACCAAAUUUCCCGAGUGGGAAAUAUCUGAUUCGGUUUGCAAUGCCCUACUUUUUCCACAGCAAGCAGAGACAAAUAAUGUGGUUUUAGAAAACUCCUGCUGUUCCCAGCCACCAGUGAGUCAGCUGAGCGUCCAGACAAGCUCACCAUCUUCAUCAGGCAGUUUUGCACAGAUACUGGAAGAUUCUGAUUUGUUGGAAAUACAUGUUCAGCAUGAUGUGGCUUCAGAAGUAUAUAAACUAUCAAAUGGAGAAAUAAGUGAAAAUUCUGAUCAGACACAAGAUACUCUUUUGGAUCAAAGUAGUAUGACUGCUGCUUCUUGUGGGUCCUCCCAGAGACCUAUGGAACUUGGAGUAGCUGUUACUGGAGAUCCUAAUUCAAGGUGCCUGGAACAACAUGAAGAUGCAGUGACUGCCUUUAGCAGCUACCAGAGUGCUUCUCUUCCAGAGGCGUAUAUCUCUCCUGAAACAUCCAGUUUCCAAACACAAAAGCCUGCAGAUACUCAGCAAACUCAGCAGGGUUAUAACGUACAUUUUUCUACACCAUCAGGUCAAUCUCAACAGCACUGGAAUCUCAUGGCUCCCGUGUUUUAUCCAUCCAGUGGAAGUCACAGCUUUGUAAUUCCUGUGGCUGCCGGUCCAGGGCAGUGGAGACCUGUUUCUAACUCUAGAACUUCGGAAAAAGGACUUUUUCUUUCCUCCCCAGUGGUUUCAAAUGCCUGGGAUGGCAACCCUUCUCUGAAGGUAUGGGGAAAUCAAGAUAGAAACUCACAAUUGAACCUCUCGCAAGCACAGCAACCACGUUUUUGUCACAUGAUGAGAAACAAGAUGCAACUUAUAGGUCAAGUACUUGUCCUUCUCAGAGGUGUUCCAGGAUCAGGAAAAUCAUAUUUGGCAAGGAAUUUGCUUGAGGAUAAUCCAGAUGGAAUCAUCCUUAGUACUGAUGAUUACUUUUACAAACAUGGACAAUACCAUUAUGACCCUGAUUGUUUAGGGGAAGCACAUGACUGGAACAGGAAACGAGCCAAAGAAGCAUUUGAAAUGAGAAUCUCUCCUAUAAUAAUUGACAACACAAACAUACAAGCAUGGGAGAUGAAGCCUUACGUUACUUUGGCUCAGCAAUACAAAUACAAAGUAAUGUUCCGAGAACCAGACACUUGGUGGAAGUUUAAACCAAAAGAACUUGAAAGGAGAAACAUUCAUGGUGUAUCUAAAGAAAAGAUCAAAAAAAUGUUGGAACGGUAUGAACGCUGCCUUACUGUUAGAUCAAUAUUGGAUUCUUCAGUCCCAGACAAAUCAGAAGCUGCUGGUUGGAGUGAAGAUCCUUGUCAGGAGGAAAGCCAGAGAAAGCGAGAGGUACAUUCUGGUGUAAAGGAAGAAUGUUUUGCUUCUGAGGUGGAGCCUAUUGAAUUAACUGAAGUUGAUAAAACUUCGCCAAGUGUUUCUCUAACAUUAGAAAGUAGUUGUGAUCCUGAGCAUUUUCAUAAAGAGGAAAAAGAAAUGGAAGAUAACUCAGUGGAACCCAAUUCUGAGAACAGCACUGUUCAAGAUGACUUGGAAAUUAAUUCAUCAGAUUGCACCAAAAAAGAGCAGCCCUUGGAGAAGAAAGAAGAAAAGGUAUUAAAACCAGAAGAAACUGAAGCAGAAAUGGAUGAGGUAGAUGUGAUCCCAGCUGAAGAGACUGUGAACUUACACACAGGUGGAGCUGAGGAACACAGUGAUAACAGCAGUUUCAAAGCUCAAACUGCAGUUGAACAAUUGGAUGAAGCAUGCAUGGAACCAAAAUCAAUACAAACGAGUAACACAGUGGAACCAAGCAGUUUGGCUUUUGAUGCAUCAGGAAAACCAGAACUGCUAAACUUUCUGGGUGACUGGCCCGUGGAACAAACAAUGGGACAGAGAGUCAAAAGAUCUAGAAGACUAGGAAAAUCUCUGAAGAGUGAUAAAGAAGGUGAAAAUCCCAGUCAGCAGCAUUCUGAGAUAGGUGAAGAGCAAGUAGGCUUGCUUGAGACAUCUGCUGUUGAGAAAGGGCAUGAGGACAAAAGUCUACCCUGUAGCUGUUACUCUGUUAGUUCAGAUACACCAGAAUUACAAAUGUUAGGAUAUUGGCCUGUCUCAGCCUCAUUAGAACAGAGACAACAAAGGCCAAUGAGAAUGAGAAAGACAAAUUUAAAUCAGGGUGAUGAAGACAGAAAUACUGAAGAUGACACUGAUAUGAAUGCUCUUGAAACUCUACAUGCUAUUCACGGGUCGCCUGUGAACACUGGAGAGCAACCAGAUAUAAGAAGCUUGCCUGUGCACCAAGAGGAAAUAGUAGCUAGUGAAACUGUAAGUGAGGAAAAAUCCCAGCAAAGUAAGAGAACAAGAAAACAUCACAAAUUAGCCCUAACUUUUACAAACAGCAGCUUGCCACAUCCCAGAGAAGAGGACCACUUGUCUAAACUUAACGUGGCAGAAGAGAAACAGGACACAAACUUUCGUAGGCAUAAAAGUAGCCAUUCACAGACUGAAUCACAGGACUUUGCUGUCCUGUGGAGAUUAGAAAAGAAAAUGCUUUAUCCUGAGGCAGCAAAAGUAUUGCAUGGCAGGCUAGAUGGCUUCAAACCCAAAGAUACAGAUAAUGUCUCAGAUUCUCAGGAAAAAAUACCCUAUCGAGUUACGUAUGAUAAAAGCACUUUUGUGGAGGAAAGUGAGCUUAUCAAUAUUGAUGAGUCUGAAAAACUAGAUAUGCUCUGUAAGCUCUUUGAGUCUGUUUCGUUUGAAGCUCUGAAAGAUCUUUAUGAAAGAUGUAACAAAGACAUAGACUGGGCCUCAGGUCUAUUGUUAGACUCUGAUGAAAAGUUACGUAAAGCUGUUGAUACUGAAAGCAUUCAGGUAAGUGAAGCUGAGCCAGUGGUCGCAGACCUUGAUUUCAAGGCAAGUACAAACUGUGAUGAGAAUCUCAAAGACUGCAAACAAACUCCACAAGUACUUGGGGCUGGUGAUAUCUUUGAGGCUUUAGAAGACAAGGACUCAUCACUCAGUAUUACAGAAAGUAGGGCUGCCAAGACAGCUGUGACAAGUGCUGAUAUGUCUGACUCAUUCACUGCUACCUCAUUGAAUAAUUUUGUGGAAUUGAAAAAUUCUGUGGAUUCAGCCCCUAGAACUGUCACAAGCAAUUCAGCAGCAGGUAUCAUUGAGCUGUCUGUUUCAAGAAAGCAGAUGGGAGAGAGUGAGAGUCCUCCUGAAGAAACUGUAAAUAAGCCAUCACUUUCACAACUUGAUGCAGGUUUGCCUCAUGAUCCUAAAUCAACUUCUGCCAAUUUGAAAUCUGAAUUAAUCAAUGAAAGUGACAGUAACCCUUCAGAAAGCAAUGCUGAAAAUUCCAAAGGAGCUGGUUUGUUACUGGAAAUGGAUUAUGCACCUCUGGUUGGUCCUAGGAGCAAUAAAGAACUGGAGAUGGAUAAAAAAACUCAGGAGAAUUCCAGGGAAAUGUGUGGUAAAGAAGAAAUUGAAACUCCAAGCUGGGCUGCAACUAAAGCCAAGAGACAAAGCCCUAUACCAGCAUCACAUGCAGCCUUCAGCAUAGAUUGCCUAGAACUAACAUUGCCUCCUGAACUGGCACUCCAGCUGAAAGAGAUAUUUGGGCCUGUUGGCAUUGAUGCAGGUUCACUAACUGUUGAAGAUUGUGUGGUUCAUAUUGAUCUGAAUUUGGCAAAAGUGAUUCAUGAAAAAUGGAAAGAAUCUAUUCUGAAGCGUCAGAGGAGAGAUGAAUCGUGUAAGUUGUCUGCAGAUGUGAUUCAGCAGUUAGAUACAGAUGACUCAGAAGUGUUGCUAUCUCAGAAUGCAGACAGCAAAAUGCAGACAAAAACAUCGAGCUCAGCUGCAGACACAUCUCGAGAUAUUCAGACUAAAACCCCAGCAACAUCGGACGUUUUUCCAUUUAUGGACCACUGGAAUGCUCAGAUUCAGAAAGUUUCUCUCAGACAAAUAAUUUCUGAAGAAAUAGCAAUCCAGGAGAGGGAGGACCUGAAUCGCAUUCCUUCUACAGCUAGAAAAGACUGUGCUGCUAAACUAAAGGAGAAGCAACUUUUUGAGAUGUUUCCAACUAUGAAUCAAAAUUUCUUAAUGGAUGUCUUCAGGGACAACAACUACUCUUUAGAACAAACGGAACAGUUUCUGAACUGUGUUCUGGAGGCAGAUCCUGUACAAACAGUUAUAGCUCAAGACAGUGCUCAGCAAAAUGAAAUUGUUUCUUCCUACAGUGCUGCAAAAAACCGUGAGAAGAAGGCAAAAAAAAGUAAGGAAGAGGAUGAUCCUUUAUGCGAAAUGUUUCAAGACUUUGACUAUCCACAAUAUGAUGAUUUAAGAGCAGAAGCUUUUUGUCACCAGCAAAAGCGACAGGAAUGUUUGAAAAAGGCUGGGGAGGCCUAUCGCAUGGGUAUGAAGCCUGUGGCAGCUUUUUAUGCACAUCAGGGUCGCCUUCAUGAGCAGAAGAUGAAAGAAGCUAAUCAUGCUGCUGCUGUGCAAAUCUUUGAGAGAGUAAAUACCUCCUUGCUGCCCAUGAACGUGUUGGAUUUGCAUGGUCUCCAUGUGGAUGAAGCUGUGAAUCACUUGUCCAGAGUGCUGCAGGAAAAAAGUGAAGAGUACCAGCAGACUGGUGGUAAACCAUAUCUCAUUGUUAUCACGGGGAGAGGAAGCCAUAGUCAGGGAGGAGUCGCUCGCAUCAGACCAGCAGCUAUCAGAUACCUCACAAGCCACAACUUCAGGUUCACAGAAAUAAAACCAGGCUGCCUGAAAGUCAUGCUGAAUUGAAGAGUUGUGGAAAGAGGUAUAUAGACACUGAGGUGUCAGAUGACUGCUGGGUAACAGAAAAAACCCCCGUGUUUCGAACAACUGCACUGGAAUUUUGUAAUCUGUUUUAAAAGAUGAUGUUUUAUUAGAACUGGUCUCAAUUUACAGCAAGUGGAUUUGCCAGUAUGUUUCCAAUAAAUGUUUGUGUGGAAUAGAUAAUUUUUUGAACCUGCAAAAGGAAGAUAUUUAAAAGGAUUUGAAAUCUCAGAAAUGCAGAUUAAGAAUUUUGCUUCGAAAUAACAAGUUUUUAAGGGAAGUUAAGGUACAAUUUUUAAUAUAACUGUCUUCUUAGCAUACCUGCCCUGUCUUUUGACCCUUGCACAUUUUGAUUGCUGUGGCUUCUGUACUUCUAAAACAUGUAUUAUAUUGUACCAAGUUAUUUUGUACUUCAGAACUUUGUGCUAAACCCUUCAGAAGAGCAAAGGAGAAGCUGAAAUUGGGCAACUACUGAUAUUUCAAAUCCAGUUACAUCUGAGUGCUGAGUAUUUCCGGGUUUCUUCAAAAAUCUGGUGUUGUUUUAGUGGUUAUGUUAUGAUGGGUUGACCAGUUCUGUUAUCCUUACUUCAUUCUAAACUUCUCCAGCUAUUGAAGGAAGUUGCAUAUAAGGCCUGUGCAUUAAGGCCAGCUAUGUGUUUGGUAAUUUGGCAGAUUUAGUGUGAUCUCUUAAGGGGAAAAACACAUUGCUGUUAUUCUGGAGAUCCACCUACUGGAUUAAAAUUGUUUCUUACUUUGUGGCUUUUUAAAUGCAGCAAAUGCAGUACUGUUUCACUUUACAAGUGUCUAAUAAUGAUUUCUUCAUUUUCUGUGUAUUGUUUGGUGAUUUCCUUGUAGAAAAUAUGAUAAUGAGACAUUUUAAAUGUAUUUUCAACAUCAAAAUGAAUGCUAAUAUUGCAGUAAUAAUUGCCUAACUGGAAAAUCUGGUAGUACAAAAGUUACUCUUGAUUUUGGUGGAGUUGCAUCAGCAUCUAGAAAUACUCAUGUAAAAAACCAAAACAACAUAAAAAAACCCCAAACAAAACCAUUCAAAAAUUAAAUAAGAACAUCUGUACUUAGGCAAGUGUUUCCAGUAAACAAUCAGAACACUUUUUAAGUAGAAAUCUUCUAGAAUGCAUUGCUAUUUUUAUUUACAUCUUUGCCUCCUGAAAGGCAUAUAAAUUUUUGUUGUAAGGCUUUUUCAGAACAGGUGUGAGUUGUGUAUUAGGAAUAAUAUUAAUAUAUAGGGAUUAAUAUGAGGAGUUUUUAAAUUUUUAAGCACUUUGCAGUAAAUUUUAUCCAGGGCAUGCACAUAGUUUGUGCAUAUCUGUGUGCAAGUUCUGCAAUUUGUAUGCAUGAGUACUAAUAAACAAAGAACUUCUGUGAGAAAAGCUGUCCACGGAAAUAGGUUGCACUUGAAAACGUGUCUGCCUAAGUUGCUGACAGGCUGAAAGACGUGAUGUUUCCUGAAUAUAUCUGUAUUUACUCUGAUACAUACACAGUGAAUAUGAUGCAUGGUAGACUCAAAAAUGAGUUUGUCGUGCUUCAGCAGAUACAGUACUCUUUCCUUGGUGAUUUCAAGUGGAAGAAUGGCUUGAGUAAUACUUAAUCAAAGGGGCUCUUUCUGUAAUACCAGACUGCCAUAAUAAGUUCUAUAUUUUUUCUGGGUGGUUAGUUCAUCUGAAUUAUGUCCUUUCUCUGUUUCCUUCUCUCUGCACUGCUCUGGGAGUCAGUGGGUGAAAUACAAAAGAUCUGUGAUCCCCACAUAGCGCUAACAGAACUAUUUCUGAUGCUGCAUGAUGUCCUGUGUGGUGAAGUCUACACUCCAUCCUCUGUGACAGUGCUUAAAAUGGACUGAGAUGCCAUUUAGGCACUUGGCCUCACGACAGUAGUUCAGACUAUCAGCUGUACAGGGUUGCAAAUGCUAGAAUUACCUCAGCGGAGCCAAAAUCUUUGUUUUGGACCAAGGAGCUUCCUUCUGUUCCUGAACAGGUUUUCCUCAGUGCUGCUUUUAUAACAAAUGGAGUUGCAGCUCUCUGGGACAACUCUUUGUAGUAUAGUCCCUGUUGGUUGGCUUGAGUGGCUGUUGUGUGUUGAGCUGCUUGGGUGCCCAAUCCCUACAGAGAUGUGCCUGUUAACAAGGGAGUGCCAACACUUCUGGUUGUUGGGAGGCAGCCUGAUUCACUCAGCAUAUUCGCACCAUUCCCGACAUGGACAAAGACAGAUUAGAUCUUAGUUCAAAAGACAAGCAGAAAAAGUUGUCUGUCUUGCCCAUCUGUUCAUCAUAAUCCAGUUGACAACUUUACCCUGGAGAUGGGAAACACAGCUUUUUGCCUUCUUCUGUCUCAGCAAGUGGAUGAUGAUGAUUGCUUGACUCUCACUUCCCCAGAAAAUGCUCUGGCCAAUGUGCUUAGGAAUAUUUUUGAAGCUGCCAUUUCCUCUUUCAGAAUUACCAUUGCACGCUAAAAGUGCAAGCUUAAGAGGACAAAAGGGAUUAAAGAAUUAAAAGUGCAUAAACAGUCUGGAAGUGGGCUAGGACUUUUCAGAAAGGAGCUGUUCUGGAGAGCUUCAGUGUCCUUUCAUAUUACUUUUUCAUCCCUUAGUCCUAUUUGGAUAAAUACAUUAAAAACGUUCAGGGUAAAAUCAGCUUUACCUAGUGCUAGGAGAAUUCUUCUCCAUUCUGUCAAAGUCAGCAGAGAAGCACACACAGUUCAAGAGCAGUUUGGAAUAUUUUUCUCUCUUCCUCCUCUGAAUGCCCUGUCUGGUGUAGACGGGUCAUUCACCUAGCAUGUAUUGUUUGACUACCAGCUGAACUUGGAUGGAGAUAAUGGCUUAAAAUCAUAACACUGACAAAACCAAUCUUGCCUCUGUUGAAAAUAAUGAAGCCUCUAUCAGCUUCAGCAACUCAAAACGAGGCAUUGCAGUUCUGACUCAGAGAAAAUACAAUGGUCCUCUGAAGGAUCUCUAGCACGUGCUUAAAAGCUGUGCUGAGCUGGAUUCAGAAUAGGUCAGAAGAUCAGUGCACAGAGUAGAAAUAAGUAGAGUUUUAUCAGGAAGGAUCUCCGUGCCUUCACCUGCUCGCCAAUAUUCUAGAAAAACAACACUGGAGUUCUUGUAUUUCUCUGACUGAUUUUAUAAUAUGUCCUUGGAUGAAUUCUUUGAAAUACAAUUAUUUCAAAAUGGUAUUCAAAUAGGUUACAUUUUAGAAGUUCCAGCUGUUCUGAUGUCUCUUGCAGUUACAUCAGUGAGAAUCCUGAAGUACUGUGUAAAUUCUGUAUCACCUUAAAAUUAAAAUAGCAGUAUUACCACCAGCACUCUAAAAUAAUGUGCAACUGUUAAAAUACCUAUUUUGUGUACCACUUUCUAUUCUAUUCUUCAACAGCAUGUGAUUGUGAUGAAUGGUGGCCUUUAAUAUGUGACUUUUUGAGUCUUUUACAAAACAUUUUAAUAGUUACCCCAAGUUUUAAUUUCAGAGAAUUAUAAUUUUUUAAUAUACAAAACUGUUGCUCGUGCUAGCAUUGAUGAGUGCUCUUACAGUUUAAAAAAAAAAAGGCCAGAGGUGCAAUGAAGAAAGUUGUCUGAAGCAAUGUGACUUUGAAAGCAUUUCAGUUGAUUGUGACAGUAGUAGGGCAAAAAUUUAUUUUUCAAAAUAUUUCAGGAUACCUGGACAAUACUUAAUGACUUUGGCUUUUGCUUUUUAAUAUCAUGUGGUACAUCCCCCUCAAAACCCACCCAAAGCCCAACUGUUGAUGCUAUUUCAGCUAAAUAAACUCUGCAGAGGAUUAAAUGACUAGACGUGAAUAUGCAUGUGAAAACACCUAGUAUUGCAGCUACCAAUUGUAAAAGCUGUUAGGACCAGUACAUUGGAAGAUACAAAUUUCUAUUUUUAAAUUAAAAUAAAAAUGAUUUUUUAUUUGUAUAAAGUUGUACU